AUGUCUGUUGCUUCAAACCCUUACGCUCCCAGUCCGUUGGACCUGGUGUCCAACGUUAACAAUUUCCAAUUGAUCGAAUCGACGCUCAGAGAAGGUGAACAAUUCGCCAAUGCAUUUUUCAGCACAGAGAAAAAGAUCGAAAUCGCCAAAGCGCUAGACGAUUUCGGGGUGGACUACAUCGAACUGACGUCGCCAGUGGCCUCUGAACAGAGUCGUACCGACUGUGAGACGAUAUGCAAGUUGGGACUCAAGGCCAAGAUUCUAACGCACAUCCGGUGCCACAUGGACGAUGCCAAAGUGGCAGUGGAGACCGGUGUAGAUGGCGUGGACGUCGUUAUCGGCACGUCGCAGUUUCUCAGACAAUUCUCCCACGGCAAAGACAUGAACUACAUCUCCAAAAGUGCAGUCGAAGUCAUCGAGUUUGUCAAGUCCAAGGGUCUUGAAAUCCGUUUCUCGUCCGAGGACUCGUUCAGAUCUGACAUCGUCGACCUCCUCAACAUCUACAAGACCGUCAGCGCCAUCGGUGUCAACCGUGUAGGUAUCGCAGACACCGUUGGUUGCGCCAACCCCAGACAGGUGUACGACCUGGUAAGAACGUUGAGAAGCGUGGUGUCGUGCGACAUCGAGUGCCAUUUCCACGACGACACCGGGUGUGCCAUCGGCAAUGCGUAUUCCGCUCUAGAAGGAGGUGCCCGUCUCAUAGAUACUUCGGUGCUCGGCAUUGGUGAAAGAAACGGAAUCACACCUUUGGGUGGUUUCAUGGCCCGCAUGAUCGUGGCCGCUCCAGAAUACGUCAAAUCCAAAUACAAGCUACACAAAUUGAGAGAUCUCGAAAAUUUGAUUGCAGAAGCUGUUGAGGUCAACGUUCCAUUCAACAACCCAAUUACCGGGUUUUGCGCCUUCACCCACAAGGCCGGUAUUCACGCAAAAGCCAUCUUGGCCAACCCAUCCACAUACGAGAUCUUGAACCCUCACGAUUUUGGUAUGAAACGUUACAUUCAUUUCGCUAACAGAUUGACCGGAUGGAACGCAAUCAAAUCCAGAGUCGAACAAUUGAACUUGCAAUUGACAGACGACCAAAUCAAAGAGGUUACUACAAAAAUCAAGAAAAUAGGAGAUGUCAGACAAUUGGGUAUCGACGACGUCGACGGCAUCAUCAAGGAAUUUCACUCGGAUCUUCAAUAG